CUCAGACGCUCGAGGAUGCGGCGGGAGCAGCUCCUGCGGCCGGGAAUCAAGUGCACUAGUCGUUCUCAUCAGUUUCCUCGCCUCCUCCCGCAGAUAUGACCGAGAACAGCUGACUAAAAUCGCAUUCCUAGAUGCCCCGUCCACUUUGGGUUAAUUUAUUUCUCGUUUGAGGAUUAUAUUGUGGACUCCAAUGGCUUUUAAAGCCUCCUGAGGGGGGAUUCCUGAAGCUCGUCCUGGACCUGGACAAAACUGUACCUACCUGUCAAUAUGUCCAGCUGGAGUGUGAUAGUCUGCACGCACAGGGCUUAUGGAAUAUAGCCUGUUCUGUCACCAUUUUUACGCACUCUCCGUCAGUCCCGUGAAGAAGAAACUCGGGCUCCUCUUCAUCAUGCUGCUUCUCUGGGUCUACAUGCUGUACUCCUGCGUGGGCUACUGUGCCAGUAUGCCACCAAGUUUAGUUGUGGACAAUAAUAAUAACAACCGAGCGAAGGAGACGGAGUUUCUCGGGAAAUAUGCCGAUGCAGAAAGUGGCCGGCCGGACCUGAUGAUGUCCAAGCUCCUGUCCAGACCGCAGAGCUCGUGGACGGACGUGGAGUCAGAUUAUGAUGAGCCUACGGUACGGAGAGCUCCGAGAGACUUCAGUAAAGAUGAAGUGGACCUAGACCGAACUGACGAGUGGGACGACGGACGGAGAGUUUCCCCACUGUCAAGUUUCUCCAACGGCUCGGGCAGUAAGAAGCUGCCUCAGGCAAUCAUCAUCGGAGUGAAAAAGGGCGGGACGCGCGCGCUGCUGGAGUUUCUGCGCGUGCAUCCAGAUAUCCGCGCGGUCGGAGCCGAGCCGCACUUCUUCGACCGUAACUAUGACAACGGACUGGACUGGUACAGGGACCUGAUGCCUAAAACCCUGGAAGGCCAGAUCACCAUGGAGAAAACACCAAGCUACUUUGUGACCCACGAGGCUCCGGCCCGGAUCUACGCCAUGUCCCGCGACACCAAGCUGAUUGUGGUGGUCCGGGACCCCGUCACACGAGCCAUCUCUGACUACACACAGACACUCUCCAAGAAGCCUGACAUUCCUACUUUUGAGAGCCUGACGUUCAAAAACAGGACUACAGGGUUGAUCGACACCUCGUGGAGCGCCAUUCAGAUCGGCAUUUAUGCCAAACACCUGGACAACUGGCUGCAGUUCUUCCCCAUGAGCCAGAUCCUGUUCGUGAGCGGAGAGCGGCUGAUCAGUGACCCGGCCGGAGAGCUGGGCCGUGUGCAGGACUUUUUGGGGCUCAAGAGGAUCAUCACAGACAAACACUUCUACUUCAACCAGACCAAGGGCUUCCCUUGUCUCAAAAAGGCAGAGGGCAGCAGCAAGCCCCAUUGCCUGGGUAAGACCAAAGGGCGGACCCAUCCAAACAUUAACCCUGAGGUUGUGCAGAGACUUAGAGACUUCUACAGGCCUUUCAACAUGAAGUUCUACCAGAUGACUGGGCAUAACUUCGGUUGGGAUUAACCGUGAAUGGACGACUUGUUGUUUUCUUUCUUUUUCUGUGUAUUUGAAAUGGCAAAAAGACAUUGAGAUGAUUGCUAUUUAUAUGUAAAAUGUACAGAAAUCUAUUUUAUAAUAAUUUAUUUUUAAUUUCUAAGCAAUUAAUUCACUAAGCUGCCUAACCAUAUUUUACAUAACGCCCAGCCCAACUCUAGUCUCACCACCGACAUUCCACCGUUUUGAUUUGCUUUGCAUAUUUCCACUAAGAAUACAUUUAAUGGUGCUUCCGGAUUCGAAAAUGGUCUGAAAAAAAAAUAAAGUUUGUUACGGGUAUUGUGCAUUUACAAACCAACAGCGUCAUUUGCGAUUCAUUCAUUUCUGAAUGUACAGUGAUGUGCAUCUUUAUGAAUGAACUAUAUUUCACUCACUGACCACAUUUCAUGUGUCAUUACACUACAUACUGGUCUGAGUCCUACUAUGUUCGGCUGAUAAGCAAGAGCUGAUCUGAUCGGUCCCUUUACUCAAUAACAUGACGAUCAAUGCCCCUAAUUGCUACUUAGCAUCACUCAUGUUUAGAGUCAACCACUGGCCUUUCACUCACAGGUUCCUGUAAUGAAUGACCAGUCCGUCAAUGGCUAAAUCAUAUCUCAGACAACAGCAAAGCAGCAUGUAGACAUUAUAUCUGAAUUGAUCGAUUGGCUUCCUCCAGCCUCAGAAAUGGCCUGCUGUCCUGUCUGAGAGGUCCAAAGGUCAAGAUAGCUUUGAAAGGAACUGGAUUUGUUUAAAAAGCAAGAGCCAAAUGAUGACAUAUGAGCCUCAUAGAUGCCAGGCCCCUAUCUUUAUGAAGCUUUACUCAAAUGUGACUCAUACUAGAACAUAAAACCCCUAAAAUGAAAAGUAGCAUUUCUCGUUCAUCCCAUCAAAAUGCGUUUCACGCCACAUCUCAGUUCUCCUCUUCUUGCCAAAUUUGAACAAGCUUGCAUUGAGAUGCCUCAUUGUUCAUCUUUUUCUCAUGCAAGCCUUCACGUGCUUUUGUUUUCUUUCUACUUGAAAGCACAGAAAAAAAGUCGGUCACUCUUUAUCUGUGAAAUUCUUUCCGUGACCACUGAGAUGGCGGCUGUCUCGAAGGCAAGAUGAAUGAAUGGGCUUCAUGCAGCUCUGGUUACUGUUCACUCAGAGCACCUGAUUCAGGAUCAGCUCACAAUGAUGGGUUUAGGUGUGGGGUUUGAAGAGUGCAUGGAGCCAACAUCAGACUGAGAUGCUGUAGAUGGUGAGGUCAGAGGGAGGUUUUAAGGCAGAAUAUUGCAUUUGCAUUAGGAAUGUACUAGAACUUCACCUUUUUCAUCCCUUUUUAAUAUACUGGAAAAUGAAAUGCAGAGGGAAACUUUUGUCUAAUUGUUUGGUUUUGGAUGGAUGCAUUAAAAAAACGAAAGCGUUCUGUAUCAGCUCACUGAUUUUUGUUUUGCUUUACAACAUGCUGUGCCUCGAACCAGUCCUGUGCUAUGCUAAGCCAACUUCCUUUCAUCUAGAGAGGAGACUGUAAUAUUUAUCAGCUGUUAGGACACAGCCAUUCGAUUCUUGUUGGCCUUCUAGUCUGAAUUAAGGGACAUUUUAUUCAAUUCAAAUAAUCAAAUGUUCUGAGGAGGCAAAAAAGAAACAAUGUGAACUGUAAUGAAAUCAUCAAAGCUAGUUUCUUGCAUUCACAUUACGUUUAAAUGCAAAUCAUUUGGAUGAUGGAAAAGAAAAUAAUGUCAAGUAAAUUGUCAUCAAAUGCUUGCCUAUGGGGCCUCCUGUGAUUUUUACCAGUGCAAUUUAGUUUAUUGGUUUAGAAAUAACUGUCCCAGGAUGUAUGAUAAAGUUUGUCCCUCACUGAUUACAUGUGAACUGCAUAUGAUUCUGAUCUGUUGGUAUGAGCAAAGUUUCAUAUUUUUGCUCAUGGUCAGGCAGUGUGUGCUGAUGCAUCUGUUUAAUGGUUGAGUUUUAUUCAACCUCAUAGAGAUACCCAGAUGUUAGAAAUGUUUGUCUUACUCUGAGUAUAACAAAUGCAUAGACUAGAAAUGAUCUUUAUGUACAAAUGAUGAGGAAGUCAUGUAAACCAAGUAUUUUGUGUUAUCAAAACUUAAUUUUACAACAUGAAAGAAAAAUGGAACAGAUGUUUCAUAGAUAAUAAAAUAUUGAAAAUUCAUACCUUUGCUUUGUAUGAAGAAUAAAAUAAAAAAUAUAUUUUACCAAA